AGGCCGCAAAAGAAAUAAAAAAAAACAAUAUAAACGGUAUUGAUUCGGAGAUUCUGUGGAUUCUAUGUUAAUGUCACCAGUCACAGAGAACAUGCAGAGAACUUUGCCAGUAUAAUAUUGUAGUCUUUGGAACUUUGUAAAAUGGUUUUGACUUUUGAUUAGGUACCUAUUUAUUUUUUUAUAUUUAUUGUACCUAAUGAAUGAGAAAAAGUAUUGAAAUGUGUUUAUUGGGCGACGAACUAGCGGAAGCAGUGUAGGGUUUGUUGCCUUACAGUGAGAGUUCUGUAACUGCCUGCUAGCUGCUAGUGGGCGGCGGCGAGCAGGCGGCUCCGCGCCGGUGCGAUGUGGGACUCGUCGACGUUCCUGGGCGCGCUGACGCCCAAGUUCUACGUAGCUCUGACGGGCACAUCGUCGCUUAUCUCCGGCCUCAUCCUCAUCUUCGAGUGGUGGUACUUUCGCAAGUAUGGCACCUCUUUCAUCGAACAGGUGUCGCUGACGCACCUGGGCCCGUGGCUGAGCGGCGCGGGCGGCGCGGGCGGCGCGGGCGCGGAGGCGGAGGCGGCGGAGUGCAAGGUGUGGCGCAACCCCAUGUCGCUGCUGCGCGGCGCGGAGUACGGCCGGCUGUGGAGCGCCGCGCGCCGCGCGCCGCUCACCUACUACGACAUGAACCUGUCCGCACAGGAGCAUCAGGCGUGGUUCGGGCUGGGCGCGGAAGCGGAGGGCGCGGACGGGGCGCUGGCGCGCGCGUGGCGCGAGCGCGAGCCGGCGGCGCGCGUGGCGUGCGCGCGCGCCGCGCUGGCGCUGCGUCCCGACUGCGCGGCCGCGCUGCUGCUGCUGGCCGAGGAGGAGGCGGGCACGGUGGUCGAGGCGGAGCGCGUGCUGCGGCGCGCCUGGCGCGCGGGCGAGGCGGCGCGCGCGGCUGGCGCACGGCGCGACGCAGCCGUGCUGGCGCACGUGAAGCGCCGCGCCGCUAUGUGCGCGCGGCGCCUGGGCCGCCUGCGCGACGCGGCGCGGCUGUUCCGCGAGCUGGCGCGCGACGCGCACCCCGCGCUGGCCGCGCUGCAGCUGCACGAGAACCUGCUGGAGGUGCUGCUGGAGCAGCGCGCCUGGGCCGACGCGCACGCGCUGCUUGCGCGCCUGGACGACGCGCCCACGCCGCGCUCGGCCGCCGUGGCGUACGGUGCGGCGCUGCUGCGCGCGCGCGGCGCGGUCACGCCCGCGGCCGAGGCGCACGCGCUGCACGCGCUGCGGCGCGCCAUCGCCUACAACCCGCACGUGCCCGAGUACCUGCUGGAGCUGCGCGCGCUCACCUUCCCGCCCGAGCACGUGCUGCGGCGCGGCGACAGCGAGGCCGUGGCCUACGCCUUCUGGCACCUGCGCCACUGGCGCGCGGCCGACGGCGCGCUCAGGCUGCUGGGCGUGGCGUGGGCGGCGGCGGAGCGCGCGGCUGGGCGCGGCGCGUGGGGCGCGGCGCGCGGCGGCGCGUGCGCGCAGUGCGCCGACCGCGAGCUGCUGCCGGCGCACCACGCGCUGUCCGUGUUCCCGCGGCGCCGCGCGCCCGCGCUGCUGCCGCUGGCCGCCGCGCUGUGCGCCGCCACGGCGCUGCUGGCGCUGCUGGCGCACCGCUGGCCGGCGCAGGCCGCGCUGGCCGCCGCGCGCGCCGCGCACGCGCUGGACCCGCGCCGCCUGCUGCCGCUGCUGUCCGCGCUGUAGCUCUCCUCACAGACUACACUACUUCGUUAUUAUUUAUUUAAACUGAAACUCGAUGGACUAUAAUGUAUUAUAGAUAAUUUACUACCUAUGUACGAUUAUGUUAAGUAAAUUUAAAAAAUUAUGUUGUGACAACAAUAAAAUAAGAUAUAA